AUGUCCGGAACUAAGAUCUGGCUGCGAGCUGAGACCAAGCCUGCCGAAGCGCGGUCGGCCCUCACCCCGACGACCUGCAAGGCGCUUCUUGAUGCUGGCUAUCAAGUGACGGUGGAGAGAUCUACUCAGCGGAUAUUUGAUGAUGACGAGUUCGCCAAGAUCGGAGCACCCCUCGUCGAGGAGGGCUCGUGGGUCAAGGACGCCCCCAAGGAUGCCUACGUGCUUGGUCUCAAGGAGCUGCCCGAGGAGGACUUCCCGCUUGAACACGUUCACAUUUCCUUUGCGCACUGCUACAAGCAGCAGGGUGGAUGGGAGAAGGUCCUGAGCCGUUGGCCGCGUGGCGGAGGUACCCUGCUCGACCUCGAGUUCCUGACCGAUGAUGUCGGGCGUAGAGUGGCUGCCUUCGGAUACUCUGCUGGUUAUGCUGGUUCCGCUUUGGCCGUGAAGAACUGGGCCUGGCAGUUAACACACCCGGAGGGCCAGCCUCUCCCCGGCGAGACUCCCUAUGCCAACCAGGAGCUGCUGAUUGAGUCCGUCAAGAAGUCGCUGGAGGAGGGCAAGAAGCAGUCGGGCCGGUCGCCUCGCGUGCUGGUGAUUGGUGCUCUCGGUCGUUGCGGCAAGGGCGCUGUCCAACUUGUCAAGGAUGUGGGUAUCCCCGAGUCGGAUAUCAUCGAGUGGGAUAUGGAGGAGACCAAGAAGGGCGGCCCUUUCAAGGAGAUCGUCGAGGAUGCUGACAUCUUCGUCAACUGCAUUUACCUGUCGUCGAAGAUCCCCCAUUUCGUCAACGUUGAGUCGCUCUCCACCCCCAACAGACGCCUCAGCGUGAUCUGUGACGUGAGCGCCGAUACUACCAACCCCAACAACCCCAUCCCCGUGUACAGCAUCACCACCACCUUCGACAAGCCCACGGUGCCCGUCGAGCUGCCCGGUUCGCAGGGCCCCCCGCUGAGCGUCAUCAGCAUCGACCAUCUCCCCUCCCUGCUUCCCCGGGAGAGUUCCGAGAUGUUCAGCGAAGCCCUGUUGCCUAGUCUGCUGCAGCUCAAGACCCGGUCGACUGCCCGGGUGUGGACACAGGCCGAGGACCUCUUCAACGAGAAGAUUUUGAUGCAGGAAAAACCCAGCACGGUGGCUGCGUAUGCGGCCGGGGCGUCGCUGGCUGCCAUUGCGCUCUUCUAUGUGUUCGGGCCGAAUUAUACGAUCGACGGGGAGGACUCGCUGGAUGGGAACCGUAAGAAGAGCAUCGUGGGGCUGUCGAACCCGGCGAACGACUGCUUCAUCAACUCGGUGCUGCAGGCGCUGGCGGGCCUGGGCGGGUUGCGCGUGUAUCUGAUCCGGGAGCUGCAUCGACGCGAUCUGGACGGGCCAGAGCUGUACAACGCCCUGCCGGCUCUUGAAGAGAUCCCCCGCGGACAGCGACCGGAGAAGCUGCGCGAGCUGCAGCAGGGACUUAUCACACGGGCGCUCAAGGACAUGUUGGACCGGCUGAACGAGCGGCCGAUCUAUAAGAAGACCAUCUCGGCGCGGUCCUUCAUCCAGGCCCUCGAGUACGCGUUUCGCACUCGGAUCAGCCGCAACCAGCAGGACGCCCAGGAGUUUCUGCAGAUCAUCGCCGAGCGCCUCUGCGACGAAUACCACGCCGGAGUGAAAGCAAGGCAGAGGCUGCAGCAGUCGGUUGAGCUACCUCAGGAGGUGGAGGGAGAUCCCGCCGAGGUGGAAGUCCGCAUCGACGACGGAAGCGAAAAGGGUCUGCCUGCCAUCAUCGACACGAAGCUGAAGGAGCUUGAUAACGAUUAUGGAUUCCCCUUUGAGGGGAAGCUGGAGUCGCAGAUCGUCUGCCAAUUCUGCCAGUACCAGUAUAAGCCGAACCAGACGGCGUUUGUCAACCUGACGCUGCAAGUACCGCAGAAGAGCUCGACUACGCUCAGCUCGUGCUUCGAUGGCCUGCUGAAGACGGAGUAUAUCGACGACUUCCGAUGCGACCGGUGUCGACUGCAGCACGCGAUAGAACUAAAGACACAGGAAAGGGCCGCGGCGCGCUCGGAGAAGGAGACGGAGCGGUUGGGCGAGGAGAUCGACCGGAUCCAUCAGGCGCUGCAGACCGACCCGGAACAGGCCUUGGAGGGAGUCCGCCUGCCGCCGGCCGAGGCAGCGCCCAAGCGGCGGAUCGCACGGCACAUGCGGAUCACCGUCUUUCCCAAGAUCAUCGCGAUCCAUCUGUCGCGGUCGAUCUUCGACCACAGCAGCUCGAGCAAGAACGCGGCCAAGGUGUCGUUCCCGGAACGGCUGCCGCUCGGCGGGAUCCUGAACCAGAAAUGGUUCAAGCUGCUGGCCAUUGUCUGCCACAAGGGCAGCCACAACAGCGGCCACUACGAGUCCUUCCGGCGCAACAACCUGUACGCGCCCUUUUCCACGCCGGACGUCUUCAGCUCCUACGCGCAGAGCCGUGUCGCGAGCGAGAACCCGUCGGCGGCGCCGAGUCCACGGCUCGCCGCCCGCCGCACCACGCCCGACUCGGAACCGGCCUCGAUCAGCCUCUCGACGACAACGGUCGGGACUCCGUCGUCGCCUUCGCUGUCUGGCACUUCUUCGCUCCCGUCGCCUUCCCCUUCCUCGGCGUCUUCGCAACUCAAUAACAAUAACAAUAACAAUAAUAGCCGGCUACCUGCCGUCACCACGGCGAACAGCUCGCGUCUCUCUCUGCAAAGCAGUCUCUCGCGGUCCCCCGCCAUCAAGCCGACGAGCAGCAGCGGCGGCGGCAGCGGUAGUACCACCGCGCCGUCAUCGCAACCACUGUCGUCGCUCUCCCCGACCUCGACCGCCCGGCUGCGGCGACGACGACGAGCGAACGACCGGUGGUGGCGCAUUUCCGACGAAAAGGUCAAGGAAUGCAAGACCUCGGAUGUGAUGGGGAUGCAGAAGGAGGUGUACCUGCUUUUCUACGAAACGGAGGCCGUGGAACCAGUAUAG